AUGCACCCGGUGCUCGUCAGCAUCAGCGGAUUUCCAGACAGAUCAACUUUCGCAUCUUACACGAACGAAAUGCCGUACGAUUCUGACACUGCAUCCGCGAAAGGAAUCCCGAACGGUGCGCUCACCGUUCUCAUUAUCGCCGCAGUCGCUAUAGUUUCUGUCGUCAUCACCCUAUUCUGUAUGCUCGUCAACAACAGAAGGACUCGACGGACACAACAACGUGUACAGCGAUUGACGCUGACUGGUGCAAGAGAUUCGUUGUCGUCGAACACAUCGUUGCCGACGAUUCCCGUUUUUCCACGAAUGUCCGAACUGCCGAUGUAUAUCACUCCGUCGCAGUACGAUCCAAAAUUCGACGCACCGCCGACGUAUGAGGAAGCCGUACGUUCCGCCCCGAAUAGUCCGGUUUCGCCUACGGAUGGCACCUCUCCGAGACAACCGCUUUCAACUCAAAACUCACAACGUCAACAUCAAACAGCAUUGGAUAGUCCAGCCAGGAUUGACGUUCGAGUGGAAAUGGCUGAGAUCCCCACGACUUCAUCGUCGCACUAA